AUGGAUCGCGACAUUGAAAAGACUUCAACGAAUUCAGGGACACUCGGCCCCGAGAGGAACGACACGACUUUGGCGACGAUUCAAUCACCACAAGCAAUUAGGACUCGCUCACGAGCAUCUGCCAGUAUAUCCCGCUGUCAGUCUCAGAAUGGUUACAGCUGUAACCCCCACAACGAGCCUUCGGAUGAUGAAGUUGAGAAGGAUCCUUUCGAAGUCGGUUGGGAUGGAGGUGACAACGACAGUCUAUGUCCCCGGAGCUUUCACAAGAUGAAGAAGUGGCUCAUUAUAAUCAUUGUAUCGUCUGGAAGUCUCUGCGUGACUGCUGCUAGUUCCAUCUAUACAUCUACGUAUGGACAGAUGGAGGAUGAAUUUGGCAACUCACGAGAAGUCUCCAUCCUUGGUCUUUCGUUCUUUGUUUUAGGUAUCGGACUAGGCCCCAUGUUCCUCGGUCCCUUGAGCGAGUUCUAUGGUCGAAGGCUUAUCUAUGUUGUAUCGUGGACUCUUUAUGUCAUCUUCAUCAUUCCUCAAGCCGUGGCUCAGAAUAUCGAGACCGUGAUUGUGAGUCGAUUUCUCGAUGGGUUCGCCGGUAGCGCAUUUCUGGCUGUGUCAGGGGGCACUGUUGGAGAUCUCUUCACGGCAAAUGAGUUGCAAGCGCCUAUGUUGAUGUUUUCGCUCGCACCCUUUGUAGGUCCGUCGAUUGGACCUUUAAUUGGGGGUUUCAUCAACUAUAACACUGACUGGAGGUGGACUCAUUGGACUCUUCUGAUCUGGGCAUUUGUUCUACUACUGGGUAUUGUGUUUCUUGUCCCUGAGACGUAUCAUCCGAUCCUGCUCAAGAACAAAGCAAAACAGAUGCGAAAGGAAACUGGAGAUGGAAGAUGGAAAGCCCCUACAGAAAAGGUUCAGAAAUCAGCCACCAGCGCGAUAGGUCGAUCGCUUCUACGACCAUUUCAGCUAUUAAUCUUCGAGCCUAUGUGCCUGAACCUAUGCAUCUUCACAGCCAUCGUCCUCGGCAUUCUAUAUCUCUUCUUUGGGGCUUUUCACCUUGUAUUCGGCAAUAUUUACGGCUUCAACCUUUGGCAGAAUGGCUGCUCUUUUCUCGGCAUCCUCGUGGGAAUGCUGCUCGCCGCUGGCCUUGAUCCCCUGUGGCACAAUAUUCGGAACAAACUCAUCCGCAAGUUGAGCGAGGAGACCGGCGUUGAAGGAAACAGCCAGCCUGAGUUUAGAUUACCUCCAGCCAUUUUGGGAGGUAUCCUUGUUCCAGUUGGUAUAUUCAUGUUUGCUUGGUCGUGUUAUCCCCGGGUUCACUGGAUUGUGCCCAUAAUGGGAUCGGCAAUCUUUGGAGCUGGAAUCCUUCUUGUGUUCAGUGGAGUCUUCACCUUUCUAGUGGAUGCGUAUCCACAGUAUGCCGCAAGUGCCCUUGCUGCUAAUGCAUUCGUGCGUUGUGUCUUUGCUGCUGCAUUCCCCCUGUUUGGUAACCAGAUGUAUACCAAGCUCAACAACCACUGGGCUUCGUCUUUGCUAGCUUUUCUGACAGUUGCCAUGAUGCCUUUCCCUUAUCUGUUCUUCCGGUAUGGGAAGAGAAUCAGGGCCAACAGCCGAUUUGCUACUUCUUAGAGAAUGUUCAUCGAGGUUAGACUUGGGGGUAUGAGAAGAGUGUGUGAUCAGGGCUGCAAGUCCUGACUUCAUCCGUGUACCCGCGCCACCAGACCAGGUACCAAAGCCUCUGCACUGCAGCUAUGAGAAGGACAUCUCAAACUAAUACCCCGAGAGUCCUACUAGGUCAAGAGUGGCUUUUGCGGGAAAAUGAGUGGAUUGAUAGCCGGUUGUACAAAAAGGCUGGUCUAGCUCCUAUACACAGGGCUUGGAAUAUUGGCGCUUUUGUAAUUUGUAUUCGAAGAUACCUAAAAGCGUAAUAAGUUAGCUCUAUUGCUUGAAAAGAGGGGAUACCAAGAAUUUCGAUGAGGUUGCAUGAUCUGAUUGUGAAUGCUUGUUAAGAUCGCCCUCGGCUGAAAGGCAUUUCAGGAUUCCCCCAGAAUUAAUGCAGCCAGCUAAGUUUAUCUUGAGUAAAGAUCUUCCCGGGCCGCUAGGCAAAUGCGGGGAUCUGGAUGACGG